UCGGCGUGCGCAGGGCGGCAGCUCCGUGAUCCCGAGAGCGGGUGGCGCUGCAGGCGGAGCCCGGGAGGAGAGGGUGGGGACGACAGCGGGAGGCCUGACCCGUCCGGAGCUGGAGCAAAGCGGGCUGCGGAGAUACUGGCGGCAGAGCCCGGGCGGAUAAACCGGGAUCGGACCGGGAGCCGGGGAGCAGUUAAACCGGGAUCAGGCCAGGAAUAAGACCGGGAUCAGAUCGGGAGCCGCUAGACCUGGAUCAGACCAGGACUGGAUAGACUGGGAUCAGGGGAAACUGGGAUCAGAACAGGAGUAAAUAAACUGGAAUUAGACCAGGAACAGAGGAGACAGACCGAGAUCGGAUCAGGAACAUACACCGGGAAUGGAUCAAGAGCCAGUAGGGGAAACUGGGAUCAGACCAGGAGCAGAUAGACUGGGAUUACAUAGGGAAUAAGGAGGAGACAGUCAGGAAUGGGGAGCAGUUAAACAGGGAUCAGACCAGGAAUCAUGAUGGGAUAGAUUGAGAUCAGACCAUGAGCCGGCAGAGGACACUCGGUUCGGGCUAGGAAUAGGGAACAGUUAAUUUGGGAUCAAACCAGGAGCAGUUAAACUCGGAUCAGACCAGGAGUUAGGAGCAGGUGGACCAGGAUCAAAUCGGAAGGCAGCUGAGAAAACCAGGAGUCAGGAGCAGGCAGGGCGGGAUCAGACCAGGAGCAGUUUAAUCAGGAGUAGGCUGAGUGGUAUUGGGACCCGAGCGGGGGACUGGGUUGGACCCGGAGUCUGUUUUGAUCGCUCUGUUUCUCUACCACGUUGAAGGGCGGGGUCCUUCCCUAACAGUGCCAGUCCCGGGCGCCAGCAUUGCUUUGCGUUGCCCAGACUGUGCCCAGAGGAUGCGAGUCCAUGGACAGUGAACUCUCUUGGCCUUCUCCCUGGUGAGAGGUGUUUAUUGAUCCAAGUUCAGGACAUCUACUGCUCUUCAGUUUGAGGGCUUGAAGAUUGACUGGACUUUCGCUUGAUACAAUCUUACCAAUUCACCAUUAUUGGAUUAUGUAUUGAUCACGACCAGGUUAUUGAUGAAUGGACCAUCGUUUUACUGAUUUAUCAAUAUUGGAUUAUUGAUGAACCAUUGCUGGGCCACAGAUUGAUCAGAAUUGGAUUAUCAAUUAACCAGUGGUGGAUUGUUGAUUGACUGAUGGAUUAUUAUCUGUUAUUGGGUAACUAAAUGAUUUGUAAACCAAUCCAGGCCAGUCCUGGAUAAUUAUCUGCUGCCUGUCUUCUGUCGCCUGUGAAUGGCCCUGCUGAUACGGAGGAUGCCCAGAGUGGAUCUAAUCUCUGGCUUGAUGGUGUGAAGACUCUUCUCUAAGCUUACGGGAACGCCCCUUUUCCCUCCCACCACCCUGUCGACAGCCAGAGGAAGAUGUAAAUCGUGGUUGGAUUGAGUUUGGGUGGGAGGGGGUUCACCUUUGCGGAAAAUGUCGCGGGAGCCAGCCCUCCGAUUGGACUUGUCCAGUGACGUCCUGGUACCUGACUGUGGACCUCACUCGGCUCCCGCGUCGGGCUCGAUGUCCGGGUGCAAUUGCCUCCGCCCCUCGUCGUACAGGGCCCUCCGUAGUGCUGUCUCCACCCUGGCCAGGAUUGACGACUUCUACUGCGAGAAGAUCGGAUCUGGAUUCUUCUCUGAGGUGUUCAAGGUUCAGCACCGGAUGUCUGGGCAGGUGAUGGUCCUCAAGAUGAACAAGUUACCGAGCAACCGCGCCAACAUGCUGCGCGAGGUGCAGCUGAUGAACCGCCUCUCCCACCCCAACAUCCUGCGGUUCAUGGGUGUGUGUGUCCACGAGGGCCAGCUACAUGCUCUGACGGAGUACAUUAACGGAGGAAGCCUGGAGCAGGUUCUGGGCAGCAAGGAGCACCUGCCCUGGUUGGUCCGAAUCAGGUUGGCACUGGACAUUGCAAAGGGCCUCUGCUACCUGCAUUCCAAGGGAAUCUUCCAUCGGGACCUUACAUCCAAGAACUGCCUGGUAAAGUGCGAGGAGAAGUCCUACACUGCCGUGGUGGGAGACUUUGGGCUUUCUGAGAAGAUUCCAAACUACAGUGGUGAUGGGGAGAAGGUGCCUCUGGGCGUGGUUGGAUCACCAUACUGGAUGGCACCGGAGGUUCUGAGAGGAGAGCUGUACGACGAAAAGACAGAUGUCUUCGCUUACGGCAUUAUCCUGUGCGAGAUCAUCGCCCGAAUACCAGCUGAUCCGGACUACAUGCCCCGCACCGAGAACUUUGGCCUGGAUGUGAAAACUUUCCAGAAGAUGGUGGGAGACUGUCCCCCUGUGUUCCUGGACCUGGCAGUCCUCUGCUGCAAUUUGGAUUCCACCAAAAGGCCAUCCUUUAAAGAGGUUGUUCAAAGACUUGAGGUGAUACUGGAAGAGAAGCUGUACGAGAACACAGCUCCAGUCAUUGACACUGCAAGAGAUCAUCAUAUAACAGUUGAAGUGUCAAGAGUGCCUAAUGGAGGAGAAGGCCAGUGCCAGGAAGCAGCCCGGAGCGGCAGUGGAGGGCGUCUCCGGGGCACCAGCGACAGCCUGCGGAUCCAGUGCGAGCCCCGGCUGUCACGCAGCCACUCGGACAUGCUGUCGCCGACCGGCGAGAUGCCAGGGCUGCGAGCCCGGUUUAAUCCGUUCUCGGGCCGGGAGGACCUGAAGGGCGGCAAGAUCAAGCUGUACGACUCGCCCAGCAAGUCGGUCAUCUCGCUGACCUUCGAGCUGCCGCCGGCCGCCGCCUGCCACGUCCCCAUGCCCACCACCCCCGAGCCGCUGACGGGGGCGGGCCGCGGCCUGCCCGCCCUGCUGCUGCCGGCCCGACGCUGCUACUCACUGCCCUCGUCGCCCGUGCUCAGCCGCGGGUCGCACUUCUUCCGCCAGGCCGGGCCGCUGUGCCGCCUCGGACUGGAGUCGGACGACAGCGACCAGGAGGAAGAGCAGGCAGCGGCCGAGACUCAUGGGCCCUCCGCCGGGUACGGGGGAGCCAGUGGGCCCUCCGGCUCUCCAGAACUCCACCAAGAAUCCGCCUCGGACGGCAGGCCGUGCGGCGGCGGCGCAGCAAACGUUGUGACGGUCAGCGAGCCGAUCCCACCCUCGGGAGGAGACCGGGCCACCAGGCAACAUGGGCCGGGCUCCGGCACCGCGCAUGCGUCGUCAUUAACAGUCGCAGCGCAGGGGACCGGACUGAUAGAUAAUACGCAUGCGGAGUCGUUUACAGAGCCGGCGCGGAGGGCCGGAUUGACGGAUAGUACGCAUGCGGAGGCGUUGACAGUCCCGGCGCAGGGUGCGGGGUUGAUGGAGAGUGUGCGUGCCCUCACGACAGCCUCCCAGUCGUCGAAUAGUACUCACGCUUCCACGGUUCCCGCACGAGGCACUGGGUUGACGGACAGUACCCACGCGGCGAUGACAAAGUUAUCCGUGAGAGAAAUCGGGUUGACGGACAGUGCGCGUGCGCCAGUCUCUGCCAAAGGGACGUGGUCGUCAGAAAGCGCGCAUGCCCCAGCAUCAACGGUCGGGCUGUCGGACAGUGCGCAUGCGCUGACGGCCCCUUCGCCGGGGAAUGAGAUUGCGCAGGUGCCGGUGCUGACGGUUACAGCGCCGGGUCGGGGUCGGUCAGCUAGUGCGCAAGCGCCGGUGUCGAUGAUCGACGUCAGCGUGGGGCAGCCGCGUGGUGAGGUCGCGCAUGCGUCCGAUGUUCCGCUGGUGUGUGAUGGCGGGUCCGAGUCGGACGAGCCGGUGUCGUGCCCGGGCUGCUGCCUACCGGGCUUCGCCUUCUUCCCGCCUGUGUGCAUGCGGCCGUCCCGACCGGCCCGCUACCGCAGCCUGAGUUACCCUUCUGAGCAGGGCCCGCGACACAUUCCGCAGGCCUAACCUUGUCCCGAGAGUGGCCCUGACCUCAUCCCGGCCAACCCUCCACCCUCAAGAGAUCAAUCUCACCCGUUGCCAACCUCCACCCCAAGGAGACACGCACACAACCCCCAAACCGACUUCCUCCCCAUGGGAAUGCCUCACCAACCAUCCAAUGGAGACUUCCCAACCAACCUCUCCAUGGCAAUCCUCCUCCAACCAUCCAAUGGAGACUUCCCAACCAACCUCCGCCCCCCCAUGGGAAUGCUCCCCCAACCAUUCAAUGGGGACUUCCCAAUCAACCCCCCCCCCCAUGGGAAUGCUCCUCCAACCAUCCAGUGGGGAGUUCCCAACCAACCUCCCCACGGGCAUGCUUCCCCCACCACCGACCUUCUCGCAGAGACGCUUGCCAACCAUCCUCCCUAAUGGAGUGCUCCCCCACCCGCCACCGAACUCCGCUGUAUUCCCCACAUCCCAGUCCCUUUUCUGACCCAUGGGGAAUCCCACCCUCCUCCCAAGGACACCCUUCCACUCACCAAACACCUCCUACAGAAACCCGUCUGCACUGCCAACUCAGUUCUCCUGUUUGAUCUCUUCAUUUCCCCAUCUCCCCCACACCCCCAGUUAGACAUCAGGCUGACUUUGGCCUUGUAUAUAAGCGCAUGGCUGCUUUGGUUCAAAAGAUUUUAGUUAGAUCUCGAAAGUUCCUUGUAUUAAUCAUUUCUCUUAUGAUUUUUUAACACAGAGAGAGGGUUGGUUAGUGUGGUACAUUCAGGUGGUGCCUUUAACAAUACCUGGUGCAAUAUUUUGUCCUUGAGUGGGGCACAAAUCUUAAACUGGUGUAUACACACAAUGGAUUUUGGUUGUAUUUUGUCUUUGUUUAUUUUUGAUCUGUGCACUUGGAUUUUUUAAAACUUGCUGUUUGCUUAUGGUGUAUUUUAAGCAAUAUUCAUUCCUCGCAGAGGGUUUAUUCUCCAGUCGCCCCCGAAGGGAGAGAUGGGUCUCCACCCUAACUGCCCUGAGGUAGAGGGCAUCUGUCCAGCACUGGCUUCCCCCAAUUCACGGUAGUUUGGAUGUGAAUCGUACUGACGAGUGGCAGAUUAAAUGUGCGGGUCAGUGUCAUUACAAGACCACAAGACGUAGAAGCAGAAUUAGGCCAUUUGGCCUGUCGAGUCUGCUGCACCAUUCCGUCAUGGCUGAUUAAUUACCCCACUCAACUCCAUUCUCCUGCCUUCUCCCCAUAACCUUUGCUGCCUUGACUAAUGGCAAUCAUUGUUGACUGGGAGAGUCAGUAGCUGAAUGCAGAGAGCUCUCAGCCCCAAGACGAUGGAAAUGUCUAACCUAACUUUGGUGAGACCUGUGUUCCUGUACUAUGUGCACAGACACCUGCCCUGGCGUCAUUCAGUUAAAGAUCCCCAUAUCGUUGCUUGAAAUUGCCUGCAGGGGGUGUGGGAACCAGAGAAAUCAUGGUGUUUAUAUAAUCUACUAUACCUCUUAACUCCAGUGCAGUGAACAGGACAAUAGCUACACCACCACGUAAUGUAUAGUUAGCCCUGUGCUGGGUGUUCUCUUAACGAAAGGGCUGAGCUAUUUUGCGAUGUAAAUCUUUGGGGUGGGGGUGAUAUGGGGAGUGGGAGGCAGUUGUAACAAUGUACAGACACCCACACAUUGAAUUGGCCUCUGAAACCAUCUUCCAGGGAAGGACUCCAACAGAAAACUCUCCCAGGGAGAUACACGUGAUGGAGACUUGUUAUUAUAGGGAGAGUUCAUCCACGAAAUGACUGGGUUCCCAAUGUAAAGAUGCAUCUCCCCCACUACACUUGACUGAGAUUCCCAGCGGUUGUAAAGAUACAUCUCCCUGGGAGAGAAAGAGGUGGAGAUACUCAGCUAUGUACAGAUAAGUCUCCUUGAAAGAGGGGAAACUGAGAGAUCCCAGUGUGCACAGAUAUGUUGUUGUAAAUUGGGCAAAUAUUGUUCUAUUUUGAGGACACCUUUUGUAACCAUUUGGUUAAUCUUUCUUGCUCUUUAUUGUCUGGCCGAAGAGUCAGAGUUUAAUAAAGCUUUGAUCUUUGAUGUUUCCUUCCCCGUCUUUUAUUUUUGUUUGUGUCGAGGAACAGUUUUUGUGAAAGGUACUCUCAAUAGUCUGUGACCGUUUACAGUCCAAGCCCUCUGUCAUCAGCCUCUUCCUGACCAGUCCUGCAAUGGGUGCAACGGUAGGUUUGUAGAUAGGGCAAUACUAUUACCGCUAGGGACACAGCGGAGUUCAUUUAUGACAUUCUCUAAGGAGUCAAUGUGCGUCCUCCCUGUGGAACGUGUGGUUUUUCCUCGGGUGUUCCGGUUUCCUCCCACGGUCCAAAGACAUACCGGGCAGUUUAAUUGGUCAUUGUAAAUUGUCCUGUGAUUGGUUAGGGUUAAGGCCAUAAGACGUUGGGCUGAAUGGACUAAUUCUGCUCCUUUGAGUCUUUGCCGCCAUUGCACCUUUUAUCUCUCUCAACCCCAUUUUCCUGUUUUCUCCCCAUAACUUUGACCCCCUGAAUAUCAACAACCUAUCAAUCGCUGCUUUAAAUGCACCCAAUGAUUUGGAUUCACAGCCGUCUGUGGCAAUGAAUUGCACAGAGUCACUACCCUCUGGCUAAAGAAAUUCCUCUUCAACUCUGCUCUGAAAUGGACAUCCCUCUAUUCUGAUGCUGUGCUCUCUGGUCCUGGACUCACUCACGAUAGAAAACAUUUCCCCACAUCCACUCUGUAUAGAGCAUUCAAUAUUCAAUAUGAUUCAAUUAGAUCCAGUGUCAUCAAACAUUAGUGGCAUGUUAACCCUUUCAUUUCCAGAAUCAUUCUCAUGAACUUCCUCUGGACUCUGUUCAAUGCCAGUACAUCCCUUUUAGAUAAGGGGCCCAAACCGGUACAGGUGACCCCUGUUUCCAUCCAGGGGGUCAGUGUGGACAUGGUGGAGGAUUACAAAUACCUGGGGAUACGAAUUGACAAUAAAUUGGACUGGUCAAAGAACACUGAGGCUGUCUACAAGAAGGGUCAGAACCGUCUCUAUUUCCUGAGGAGACUGAGGUCCUUUAAUACCUGCCGGACGAUGCAGAGGAUGUUCUACGAGUCUGUGGUGGCCAGUGCGAUCAUGUUUGCUGUUGUGUGCUGGGGCAGCAGGCUGAGGGUGGCAGACACCAACAGAAUCAACAAACUCAUUUGUAAGGCCAGUGAUGUUGUGGGGAUGGAACUGGACUCUCUGAGAGUGGUGUCUGAAAAAAGGAUGCUGUCUAAGUUGCAUGCCAUCUUGGUCAAUGUCUCCCAUCCACUACAUAAUGUGCUGGGUGGGCACAGGAGUACAUUCAGCCAGAGACUCAUUCCACCGAGAUGCAGCACUGAGCAUCAGAGGAAGUCAUUCCUGCCUGUGGCCAUCAAACUUUACAACUCCUCCCUUGGCGGGUCAGACACCCUGAGCCAGUAGGCUGGUCCUGGACUUAAUUCAUAAUUUAUUGGCAUAAUUUACAUAUUACUAUUUAACUAUUUAUGGUUCUAUUACUAGUUAUUAUUUAUGGAGCGACUGUAACGAAAACCAGUUUCCCCCGGGAUUAAUAAAGUAUGACUAAAUAACUAAAUAACUAAACCUGCACACAGUAUUCCAAGUGCAGUCUGAUCAGUGCCUUAUAAAGCCUCAGCAUUACAUCCUUGUUUUUAUAUUCAUUUUCGUCUUGAAAUGAAUGCUAACAUCGCAUUUGUCUUCCUCACCACCAACUCAACCUGCAAGUUAACCUAUAAGGAACCCUGCACAAGAACUUCCAUGCUCCUUUGCAUCUCCGAUUUUUAAAUUUUCUUCCAUUUAGAAAAUGGGAACCUUUAUUCCUUCUACCAAGGUGAAUGACCCUUACAUUAUAUUCCAUUUGCCACUUCUCUGCCUGUUCAUCCAAUAUACCCAAGUCCUUCUGCAGACUCCCUUUCUGAACACUAUUUGCCCCUCCACCUGUCUUUGUAUUGUCUGCAAACAUAUCUACAAAGCCAUCAAUUCUGUCAUCCAACAGCAACCUCUGCAGAACACUGCUAGACACUGGCGACCAACCAGAAACGGUUCCCUUUGUCUCCUUCAAUCAGCCAAUGCUGUAUCCAUACCAGUAACUUUCCUGUAAUACCAUGGGCUCUUAUCUUGAUAAACAGCCUCAUGUGCAGCGCUUAGUCAGAGACCAUCUGAAGAUCCAAGUACACGACAUCUUUUGUCUAUCCUGCUUGCUAUUUCUUUGAAGAAUUCUAACUGAUUUGUCAGGGAAGAUUUUCCCUUGAGGAAAC